GUCAGAAAAGCAAAAUAAACCCUAUAGCAGCUGUCCUUUGGAUUAGAAAGUUGUAUAUUGUCUUGUAACAAAGAAAUUAUGACUACUCUGAGCUAUGUCCAACUGCUUGCUCCUCUCAAAUCUCACAGCCUCUGAGACUGCUGUUUAUCUGAGCAAUAAAUCAUUCUUAGCCUGAAAAUAGUGGCAUCCCUUCAUUAAAAGCAACAAUGAUAAAACUCCUUCCAAAAUUCUCUAUGAGUGAGUUCUCACCCCUUCCCUGACAGGAUGGACUUCCCUGUCUGGCUUUGGGAUAGGGAUGGCUGGACUGGAGGAGCUAGAAAUGAAUUUUGUGUAUAAAUACAACUUUGACAGACCAUUUAACUGCUUUUUUGGGUUUUUUUGUUGCUUUUAACAGGAGAAGUUGUUCCUUGGGAGCCUUGAUUCCUGCCUGCACACAAUGCUGCUCGCUCCAGAGGAGAGAACCUGGGUGCUGAUGACAGGGACAUGGUCCAGGUGCCACCCCUGGGCAGUGCCAGCCACAGAGGGGAUGUGUUUGCCUGGCACAGGUGCAUUCCCAGUCUCAUAGAGCUGUGAAGGUGCCACACCAACACCUAAAAUGUGAAACCUGUGGAGAAUUCCUAUUUCUGUGCAGAGGCAAACCAUGGACACCCAGUUGUUCUCCCCAUUCCUGGGAGCAGCCCCCAGUCCCCCCACGCCCCCAGAGCCCUCCCAGCUGUGCAGGGACUGGCUGGGAUGUGCUGAGGAUUUUGGGUCCCAAAAUUCCUUCCAGGAGUGCCCAAAAAAAAGUGCACCAAUAAAUCUUUCUUACUCUGGCAAUGGUCCUGAUGUGUUUGGGUUGGUGUCGAGCAUUUUAGAGGAGCCAAACAAGCCAGAGCCAGCCACAGAUUGGAAUUCUCUGUCAAGUUUGUUCCCCUCUGUGUGGGCACCUGAUCUUGGCAGCAAUGGGGAGUUCCCAGGGCUGCCAGCUCAGCACUGGGUCCAAACCAAGGAUUUUCCCACCCUGCUGGGCUCCAGCUGCCCCCAGGAGCCCCUGCAGGAGCCCCCUGAGGUGGAGAUGCUGCACAGAGGUUUGGGGGACCUUCAGCUCCUCGAGUCUUGGCUCUCUCCCCAUGCUCAUCCCAGCAAUGCCCUGAAGAACCCUGGAAAUUCCUCCUUGCAGAACAGCACCACAGCUCCCCAGGAAGGGUUUUCCUUCCCAAAUGGGGGCUGGAACCAGCAUUAUGACCACAGGAGGUUAAAUGGAGAUGAUGAAAAAUGUGGGUCCAGUUUUAGCCCGUAUUCUGCUCGGAACAGGAUGAAAGAAAACCCCAGCGCCCAGAAGGGUUUUUGGAAAAGAGGAAAAGCACUGAAAAAUAAUGCUCAAGGACAAAAUAAGUAUUCUCCUGAUCUUUCCAAUCAGCCUGGUGAUAACUCUUGGGAUAAAGUACCCCAGGACAGCCACCUGUUCUCUAAGAGAUAUGAGAACUUCCCAGCUGCUCACAAACUGCAGUCACCUGUCCAUCCAUCCCUUCAUUUUUUCAACCCACCCCCUAAGGAAAAUACAUUUUCUGGAGAAACAGGCAGAAAACCCCAGGAAAGCCAUGUGCAAAAUGGCCAUUGUGGCUUUACUGUGGGGGAUGCUUUUCAUAACAAUAAUAAUGAGUGCAAAGUGAAUAUGGGCCCUAAGGAAAGCUCUCCUCAAGCAGCUGAAUAUGAUUUAUCUGUGAAAAAUGGGAAUUACUCCUCAUACCAGGGGUGUGCAUGGCUGGAUGGGAACAGUCUGGCAGCUGCUGCAUCUGAAAUUCCAUAUGGAAAACAAAUGGCAACGAGCCCCCAGUCCUCAUCAGGGGUUUCCACCAUGUCUGGGGGCUCUCCCACCCACCAGCCUUUCACACAGCCCUCCUUCUACUCCCAGCUCCUUCCCACCCUCCCUCCCAGGAAAGAUGGGAGGUUACAGACCUCAAAUGGAGUUUCCAGUCACCUGGGGGUUCCUCAUUUCAUCUCAGAGAGCCAGAAGCAGAUGAGACGCCAUGGAAGGUCCCAGGAGGAUGCUGGGGUGAGCAAGGACGGGCGGCGCCGCAAAUUCCCCGUUCGAUUUUCACCCGACUGGCUCGGGCAGCAGAAAGCUACAGGUGGAGACCAUGCUGAGAAAUACCAAAGGUUCCCAAAGAGGCAGAGCCAGGAAAGUGGCAGUAAAGAUGACAGAAGAGGCAGAAGGAAUUGGAUCCCUCAUUUGGGAUCUACGGCCCCAAACCACCAGCCUUUCAACGCGUUUCCAAAAAAGCACGAGCAGAGCGGUGGCAGCUUGUCAGAUUUUAUCAAUCCUUCUCUGCUUCCUUCCUUCCCAUUCAUGUCUGAUUUUAAACAAAAUCCCAGCUUCCCUCCAUUUAAUCACCAACUGUUUCCACCAGCAAACACUUUCAAUUUCCCUCCGCCACUGUUUCCAUUCUCGGAGCUCAUUGAUCUUUUCCACUGCGACGACUUCACCCCCUUGAGUCCCUUCAGGGGUGAUCUCUUCCCUGGGGAAAUCCCUGCCCCCUGCUUUGCCUUCCCAGCCCCAUUUAACAAGUUCAGGCCUCCCAGGAGCCGCAGUGGCCCCGCUCACGAGCUCCGCGUCCGCCUGGAGGAGUGCCACGAGCAGUGGAGAGCUCUGGAGAAGGAGAGGAAGAAGGCUGAGGCUGACCUUGCAAGACACUUCCCAGGGCAACACUUCCCAGGGCAGCCCGUUCCCAGCCCCAGCCCUGUGCCACGGCUCCCUGUGAAUCCAUCCCGUGUGGAUCGCCUGCUCGCCAACCAGGCCCACGAGCGCGCCCGGGUGCUCACCCUGAUUGGAAGAAUGGAGAGGCUUUGUGGUGCUCCCCUGCACAGGAACAUCUCCAGGACCUUGGAGCUGCACCUGGAAGCCAUUCAGGUGACCCAGGCACGUCGGAAGGAUGAGAUUGGGAAUGCUGCAAACCCCCGGAGUCAUGGGGGGCCACGCUACAACAAGGAGAAAGCCCAAACCCCCUCCUGCUGGGCCUGAAAACCAACAACUCCUCCUGCCAGAGCUUCGUCCUUCAAGCACAAGCCACCAGGAGAAAAGCAGCCUGGAGCAGGAAAGCAGAGGAAGUGGAAAAGCUGAGGAAGAGAGGAAGAUUUUGGAAUAGUCGCCGAUAAUAAAUGGAAGGCGGAGGAUGGGGAGGGAAGGGCUCGGGUCCUGCCCAGCACCGCCAGAGGUGGAUGUCACAGGAUGUCAGGAUGGGGUUAAUUAAAAAAAAAGGAUUAAUUAAGGUGCCUGGUCAAUGCUGCAGUUGUGGUGCUGUGAUUCUGGUGUGAAGAGAGACACAGCUUGUGGUGAUAUUGAUGCAGUUGAAUAUUGCAGGUGUCUGCUGCUGAGAAAUUUUCAUUUUAGGGAAGCUGAACAGGAGCUGAGCUUUCCUCCUGUGCUUACCCAAAGCUCUGAGCCCAGCCAGGACCUGAGCAACCAGAGUCUGGAAAAACUCAAUUCUCUUUUUUUUUGGCUCAUGAGACAAUUUAGGAUAUUUAAAGGUACUCAGUAAUUGUUCAGGGUUUGUUCUAUUUUUCUUUUUUGCACCAUGUGUAGUUCUUUCCAGAGCCAAAGUGAUCACUGAGUGGCUUGCACCCCAUCACCGUGCCAGAGCAAUCCACGCUGCUGUGGUGGUGUUUUUUGGGACAGGUUAUCUCUGUUUCACAGGAAUAAUCAGUGUUCAGUGCUGGUUUUGUGCUGCCAGUUCAGUUUCCAGCAAAACCAGUAUGAGCUGAGCUUUUCCAUAGAAUUGUCCACUUUGGUUUUUCCACUAAAAAAGUGAAUUUUUGUAGCUUUGUGGGAGUGCUCAUUAGCAGGUGUUAGAAAACUUGCUCAGGAUUAGAAAUUAGAGUUAUUGGUUCCUCAGUGGGUUAAAACCAGUACCAAUAUAACAGAGUAUGCACUUACAUAUAAAAAAACUAUUGUUUGUUACUAAUAUAUGUUCAUGGUACUAUGAUUUUUUGCAGACACAUUCCAUAUUUAUUUCAUUUCCUUCAUUGAAUGUUUAUUUUAAAAAUCUAUUUUAGUAAUAUGAAGUUAAAUAUUUUGCCAAAUCUUCUGAAUAAUCAGAUUUAAGGAUUUACUCAGGAACUCUGCAUAUUAUUAUAUAAAUAUACACGUGGUAUAUAGGGGUUUUUUUGGGAGAGGGAUGUUUGCAAAAUAUUUACACAAAGCUAAUUGUGUACUAGGUUACCAAAGCUCUUUCACUGAUUAUUUUUUUGGUGUGGAAGGUUUAAUAUAUCUAAUUGCUGUUAAUUAGUCUCCGUUGUGUGGCUUAGACAAUCAGAGUGUGGUUGUUCAGGGUGAAAACUAGUAAAGAAUAAUUAAUCCAAGCUGUGAUCUUAGGGCAUUUAGGAAUAUUUUAAUGCUUUAACAACUGUUUUACUGUUCCACAGUCUCCUAACAUGUACUAAUAAUUAGGGUUCUUGAGUGUCAGGAUAUUAAUGAACGGCUUUGGAGAGCAGUUGUUGGGUUAAAAGUGAAUUAAGGUGGGGAUAUAAGCAAAAUUUGAAGGACAAAAAUGAAGAUUUUCAUGUCAUGUGGUGUUCAGUGUCAAAUUUGACAUUUUUGUGGGUAAUUACAGAACUGUUCACAUAUAUGUUUUUACUUGCAAACUUGUUCCAAAUGCAGUUGUGUAGUUCUGGAUCUGUGGGUGUUUCUAGAGCAGAUUUUGUCUCAGUAGUGCCAUCCUGAACUCCAUUGAGGCGUGGAGAUUUGUAGCUAAAAUUUACCCAGGCCUCACUGUAAUCCACUGAGUGAAGUUUAAAAAACAAAAAGUAGAUAGAAAUCAGAUCGUUAGUGUAGCAAAAUUAUGUUUUUUCCCCCUAAAAAACAAGGUGAAUUCCACUUAAAAGAUUAUUUCAAGCCUUAGCCUAAAAAACAGGUACCAGAGUUAUUUUAGUGUGUUUUCUCUCUGUGUACGUGGAAUUUAUUUGCACAAACUAAUUCAAGAAGGUUCAAUCUGCAUUUGUAAAACUGAUUGUGCUGCACAGCUUAAAAAUGGAGUUUGCAAGAUUUCAGUUCCUGGGUGAUUUGGGGGUUUAAUUACCCAAACUAAAAUUAAUUACCAUUGCUGUGCUGGCAGGAAAUCAGAAUUUCAGAGUCUGGGUCUUGGGGUUUUUUUUCUGUUUACACACCAGGGUUGUCUUGCAGUGGUGAAUGUUUAGGGUAUAAUUGGUUCAUAUUGUACUACUUAAUUAUUGUGUUAAUUAACGAUCUUAAUUAGCUCAUAGUUAAUGUGCCUUUAACAGUCUCAUUUUCCCAGAGUGUUAAAAAGCUGCGUGGUCACUUCUAAUUCCCAUUUCUAUUUAAAAAUGGCAUUUUAAAGGGUUACACGUGACUGCAGUCAGCUCAUAUUGUUAAUUAUGUUAAUUGCACUCAGGAGCUGCUGCAGGUUGGGUUCCUGAAGGGGCUCUGGGCUCUGGAAUGUCCCCCUGGAUCAUGUGCUGGGUCAGCUGCUCCUGCUCGUGCUCUGCAAAUGCUCCUCUGUCACUUGGCCUCGCUCACUUUUCUUCACAAAAACUCCAGGUCUGCAAACAAAAAUAAGGUUUUAUUUCCAAAAAUAAGUUUUAAUAAUUUUUUACUACCCUUUUCUUUAAAUGGGUUGCUUAUGGACAGCACCAGACCUAGAAUAAGUUGUCUUCAAUUCCUAAUUUCAGAAUGCUCCAUUUCUGUUGCUUUAUUACAAAACCUUUUGUAUAUUUAGGGGAAAAAAACACUUUAUUUUGUAAAAUAGCACUUUAUUUUGUACAAUGACACCUGGAGUUGCAGCAGCUCUGUCAGAACAUCAUUUUUGCUGCCUCGUGUUCAAUUUGGCAGCAAGGUGAAAAUCCUGCAAGUCUUGCACUGAGUUUUUGGUGGGAAUAAGCACAAGUAUAAUGCUUGUGGCUUUAGGAACUAAUGGUAUUCACAUUUUACUGAAAUCAGGGGAAACGGAAUUGAGGUUUUGGGUCAUGUUUAAGCCAAAGAGGUGGUUUUGGUUUGGAGUUAGUUUUGAUGUUUAGAGAGAGGAAAACAAUGCUCCUUUCCUUCCUCAUUUUGAGAAACUAUCAGGUAAAAUUCAGUUUAUUCUCUUUUUACCCUCUCCACCCCUGCACUCGGCUUUGAGAUUUAAUUGUUUGGGGUUUUUUUCCCUAUUUUGAUUUAUACUUUCUAAAUUUUGGGGGUGAUCUGAAGAAGGUGGCAGAGUUGUACCCAGUCCUGGUGGCAGGGACACUGGAUUGCUCCUCUUUCAAUAAAUUGAACACUCAGUUGUCCCUUUUUGAGUCAGGAUUAUCAUCAGGGUGCUUUUUGAUAGUUGUGAGUGAAUUUUUAAUGCUUCAAAAUCCCAAAUUGAUAGUCUAGUACAACAUAAACUUAAGAAUUACAGUUAUUUUUAUGUUCUGUGUAAAUAACUGAAGAAUUUUGGUGAUUCAACAUCAUUAAUUCCCAGAAGGGAGGCCAGCAGCAGGGAAGAACAGUUAAUUAUUUUAUUUACUUUAUUUUUAAUUCUUCAUAAUUUUUUUUUUCUGGUUAUAGGGUUUGUACCUCUGCUUUUCUGUACCCACAGGGUCCUUCUGGCAGUUAAGUUGCUCUGAUGCUAUUUAUAUAAACUAAAACCCAGAAAUUGCUAUUAAUUUGUUAUUUCCAUUAGAGCAGCAUGCAGGGAGAUUAUUGAAGUUCAUGCUGCUUGUUUUGCUGUGGCCUUUUCAGGAGUAGGUGGCCUUAAUUCCCAAGUUGCAUUUUUAUCCUUUUUAAACUGAAUAUUUUUCUUUGCUGCUGGAAUUUACCACCAAUAUUUUUGUCCGUACCUGGAUAUGUGAAAUUUGGGAAAUGUUUGCCUUAGAACUGCUGCUCUAGUUCAUGGUCUCUUUAUUCCUGUUUAUUUCUAGUUCCUGUUUAUUUUCUAGUUCAUGAUUUCUUGGUUAUUCCUGUUCAUUUCUUUUGAAGGAAAUCAAUGUUUUGAUUCUGGUUAUUCCUGGUUAUUUAUUUUGAAGGAAAUCAAUGUUUUAAGGUGAAGAUUUGGUGAGGAAUUUCUGUUUCAGAGCAGUGGAGAUAGAAAUCUGUUUAUUUUUUAUGACAGAUAUACAAGGAUGAAUAGUGUCUAUAUUUUAAUAUUACUGUACCCGGUUUUUCCACUUUUCCAGAGCCCAACUUCCUGGCAUUGUCUUUGACCUGCAUCCCAUUUUUGGGAGGGAUAAAAAUGAGGAAAAGGGAGCUUCAAGAAGGAAGGGGCCCAAAUUCCAGUGGAGAAUUCUCUUCUUUUGCCUUGCAUGGUCAGGAGGGCUUGAAGGACCAGAAAUCCUGGCUUGAAUCAAGAUUCUUUUCCCUUCUGGAUUCUGUCAGGGUGCCGAUUUGGGCAGAGUUGGUUUCUUCCUGCCCUGCCCUGGUGGCCAACCUUCCUGCCAGGUGUGUUUUUAUUAAAUUGAGGGGCCAGGACAGGGUUUGGGCAUGGAGUUGUCCCUCUGGGAUCAGGAUCAGCUCCUCUCCUGGCAGGAUUUCAUUGAUUUAUUAUUCCCUGUGCAGUUUAUCAAUUUAUUUUCUAGACUUGGGAGAUGAUAAAGAGCAAGGAGAAGUGAGCAUAAGAUGGGUUUGGUUGUGAUUGAUGUCUGUCCUUCCUCCAGGGGCAGAAUCUGCCUUGGUUCCAUGGGAUAUUUACCAAGUCACCAUUAAGUCUUAGCUCUGAUUCUGCAGGAAUUUGGAUUUUGGUUUUGUUGAAAUACUGUAAAAAUUAUGCAGCAAACAGACCUUAAGCCUAUAUGUUUAUUAUUUUUUAGAAAAUAAAUUGUAUUUUUACCUGCUCUGGAAGCUGGGUAUUGGAAUUUUUUUCUUUUUUUUUUCUUUUUUGGCCCGUUCUUUGUUUGAGAGCUGCAAUUUUCACAAUUGCUGCAAGGUGUCACAGCCCAAAGCAGUGGGGUUUGGGGAUUUUGUUCUUUAUAUUUUUAUUUCUGUGGCAGAGUAUGUGCUCUUAGCUGCAAAACUAAAUGUUAAAUUCCUUAUGGCCACAGUCUGCUACAGAUUUAUUCAUUUAUUUUUCCUAAUCAAGUCAUUAAAGUGGAAAAACUUUGAGUUAUUGAUUAUUUAGUGUUUGUAGAUUGAACAGGAGCAGGGAGCACUUCUCAUCAGUCAAUAUGAGAGCAGUUAGCUGUGGAAUUUAUAUUUUAAUUAUUAUUUUUGAAUGAUUGGGCUGCUGAGGAGCUGAGUGUGGCCCUGCUUGCAUUGAAGGCACAGCUUUUAAGAGAUUUCUGCCUUGAUUUGGCUUUGUUGCUUUGCCUUGAGUGCAGGAGCUCAUUAAACACAAGCUCAGUGGCUCACCUUGAGCUUUUAUCAAUAAAAUCUGGAGGGAUGAGCUCCCAGCCUCUUUUGGAAGGAUUCUUGGAAUGAGCCUGGAUCAUUUUGAUUUCUCCUCAAGCUGAGGAAUGUACUUGCUGCAGGAACUUGGGGUUUUCUGGGAAUUUUUGCACCUUGUUUUCUCCUGUUCUGCUUUGAAGGAAAUGGAGCCUUAAUCAUGCUGAGACCUUGAUUUAUUAUUCCCUGUGCAGUUUAUCCAUGGCAGUCAUCAGCACUUUUUGGGUUUUUUUGUUUUGGGUUUGUAGCACUUGAGAUGUCUGAUUUUUUAAUAAAUUAUUUUUUUGGUAGAGAACUGCUUUGUAACUUUCUAAAAUAAUAGAAUAACUUUGCCAAGCAAAUUUAUCAGUGCUAUAAAAUGGAAGGUCCUUAUUUUUCUUCAGUAGCAAUACUGUAAUCAAAGGUGCAAAAUAAUGUGUUUGAUGUAAGUGUCUGUGCUGUUAGAGAUUGAAAAUAUAUUGGAUUAGGAGCAACCUCUAAACGAAUUGAGGAACUAGAGUUAUAAAUCCUCUUUGCUUGUUGCCAAAUGAGCUUUAAAAGGGAAAAUAUUUGCAUAUAGU